CUGUGGAGGCGGCUUGUUGUUGUGCAGGCCAAGAUGGCGGCACAGGCGGCGGCGGCGGCGCAGGCGGCGGCGGCAGCGCAGGCGGCCGCAGCGCAGGCGGCACAGGCCGAGGCAGCCGAGUCGUGGUAUCUGGCUCUCCUGGGUUUCGCCGAGCACUUCCGAACAUCUAGCCCGCCCAAGAUCCGCUUGUGCGUUCAUUGCCUGCAGGCCGUGUUCCCCUUCAAACCGCCUCAGCGGAUAGAGGCCCGUACGCACCUGCAGCUCGGCUCGGUGCUUUACCACCACACGAAGAACAGCGAACAGGCGCGCAGUCACUUAGAGAAGGCGUGGUUGAUAUCACAGCAAAUCCCGCAGUUUGAAGAUGUUAAAUUUGAGGCAGCGAGCCUGUUGUCAGAGCUGUAUUGUCAAGAGAACUCUGUGGACGCAGCGAAGCCACUGCUGCGGAAAGCCAUCCAGAUCUCACAGCAGACGCCAUACUGGCACUGCCGCUUGCUCUUCCAGCUCGCUCAACUGCACACACUGGAGAAGGAUCUGGUAUCCGCCUGUGACCUCCUGGGUGUGGGGGCCGAGUAUGCCCGAGUGGUGGGAUCUGAAUAUACAAGGGCAUUAUUCCUGCUCAGCAAGGGGAUGCUGCUGCUGAUGGAACGCAAACUGCAAGAGGUGCACCCACUGCUCACACUGUGUGGGCAGAUUGUGGAGAACUGGCAGGGCAACCCCAUCCAGAAGGAGUCACUACGUGUCUUCUUCCUGGUGCUGCAGGUGACUCACUACCUGGAUGCCGGGCAGGUGAAGAGCGUCAAGCCAUGCCUGAAGCAGCUGCAGCAGUGCAUCCAGACCAUCUCCACGCUGCACGAUGAUGAAAUCCUGCCCAGCAACCCCGCCGACCUCUUCCACUGGCUGCCCAAGGAGCACAUGUGUGUGCUCGUCUACCUGGUCACAGUGAUGCAUUCCAUGCAGGCUGGUUACCUGGAGAAGGCACAGAAGUACACAGACAAGGCGCUCAUGCAGUUGGAAAAGCUUAAGAUGCUAGACUGCAGCCCCAUCCUGUCAUCCUUCCAAGUGAUCCUGCUGGAGCACAUCAUCAUGUGCCGGCUUGUCACUGGCCACAAGGCCACUGCACUACAGGAGAUCUCUCAGGUCUGUCAGCUGUGCCAGCAGUCCCCUAGGCUCUUCUCCAACCAUGCCGCCCAGUUGCACACACUGCUGGGCCUGUAUUGUGUCUCCGUGAACUGCAUGGACAAUGCUGAAGCCCAGUUUACCACAGCCCUUCGGCUCACCAACCAUCAGGAGUUGUGGGCCUUCAUCGUGACUAACCUUGCGAGUGUGUAUAUACGGGAAGGAAAUAGACACCAAGAGGUACUGUACAGUUUGCUUGAGAGGAUAAACCCAGACCACAGCUUCCCGGUCAGCUCACACUGCCUCCGAGCAGCAGCCUUCUAUGUACGAGGACUCUUCUCCUUCUUCCAGGGCCGCUACAACGAAGCCAAGAGGUUUCUUCGAGAAACUCUAAAGAUGUCGAAUGCAGAGGACCUGAACCGCCUUACUGCCUGCUCCCUUGUGCUGCUGGGUCACAUCUUCUAUGUGCUGGGAAAUCACAGGGAGAGUAACAACAUGGUGGUACCUGCCAUGCAGCUGGCCAGCAAGAUCCCAGACAUGUCUGUGCAGCUGUGGUCAUCUGCCCUCCUGAGAGACCUAAACAAGGCAUGUGGGAAUGCCAUGGAUGCCCAUGAGGCCGCACAGAUGCACCAGAACUUCUCACAGCAGCUGCUGCAGGACCACAUCGAGGCCUGCAGCCUCCCAGAGCACAACCUCAUUACGAUGGCCCACCCCCUGUGCAGUUUCAAGCUCAGAAUGGACCCAACACCAGCUUGGCCAGCCUUCUGUGAGGCCUGCGUCCCCAACUUGGACCCAACACUGGAUCUCUCUGGGAACAAAACCACCAGGGUGCCCACCAGCCCCUCACCAUUGUCCCGUCAUCUGCCUCUGAGGGCGACAGCCAGUUGCACCUGUUCCAGGGCUCAGUGCCAUCUGCUGAAGGGACUGAUGGCCUAAUCUGUGUCUGGAUGUCACCUGAAAAGAACAGGGUGACAGUGUGUGUAUGCGUAGGGGGGGCAUCUUCUGAGUGCUCAACCAAACCUAAGUGCAGCUGCACAAAGGGGCCUUCAGCCCAGGGCAAGCUGAGGGAAAGUGGUGGCUCUCAGUUUCCUCAGCCUGCUGUUCUCCCAGUGUCCCUGCACUUAGGGACUUCUGAGGUGACCCAGUGCAGGGGAGGAACUUGGCAAGAAAGAGGUGUUCGUGUGCAGUUGAUGAGGCUGAGCGUUGGUGUGCCUGUCAGAAGCUCCUUGCUCACAGUCGGCAUGAGCCCCGUUGGACCUGGAGAGGAGGUUCCCUUCCUGGCAGCUAUUUGGCUUCCCCACGGAGGACAGUUAUGGGACCAGCUCGGCUCUUCUUGGCUUGACAGCAGCCCUGAGGUUGACAAUGAUGGGGAUGGGGAAACAGUGGUUCCUGCCAGCUCGUGGUAUCUAGGCAGGUGCUCGGACGCUGUCACCAGGCAGUGUGAAGGCCAAUUCUCAGAGCUUUGGACUCCAUGACUGAAGGGACAAAGCUCCAAGGCCUUCGUGGACAUUCUCACUGAGCCAUGUGGCAGCUGCUGCCCAUGGCCAGGUGCUCUCAACCCUUCUGUCUUCCUCUAGCCCUUUGGGUCCCACGGACCUACCCUCAAUACUUGCAUCACAGCCACAACCCUGCCUAUUUAUUUAAGCCUUUUUUUUUUUUUGCUUUUAGGGCAUUUUGUACAUAGAUCAAUUCAAACAAGGACCUCUCGACUUGCCAUCUGUGCUGAUAUUAGAGUGCUUUUAGUGUCCACAUCUCAGGCAUGUGAAAGCUAAGGACAAGGUCAUGACAAACUCCAUAGUCAGUGUUGAGGUUCCACCUCCCUGGCCUCAGGACAGUCACCACAGUGUCCAGUAACCCAGUAGUUAAAGAUUGAGAGGGGAAUCCCAGAGAGGCUGGCACUCAAAGGUAUUAUAACCCAGGAGUCACUAAGAGCCAUCCACAAGCCAGGCUAACUAGCCUAUACAACGCUGUUGCCCCUUAAGCCACAGGUGACACUCUGAGUGAAAGAAGGCAUGUCAUAUGUGAGAUGUUGUUUGUUUUUAUAAACAUGGUGGCUUGCCUGGUUUUAGCAGCCUUUCAGUUGGGAACUGUGAGCUGAGA